AUGUGGAGAGGUGUCGUGCCUGUGCUUCUACUUGCCAGUGUUUGUUGGGCUGAUGUUCAAUAUGGCGAGUCAGCUGUACUAUUCACACAGCGCCUGAAACGUUCACCAUACUACUACCCCGACUGCCCGCCCGAAUACCAACACCACCACCCACCCCCACCCCCUUAUUGGCCACCCCCACCACCACCACCACCACCAUACUGGCCGCCCCCACCGCCACCGAGACAGGAUGUCGUCUACAUCCAGGAGCCACAGAAUCAAGCAUACUCUCAAUCGGAAUCUCACCAACAGGAGUCAAGUCAACCUUGUACCACUUGUGAGGGACAGGCUGGCAGCAAUGCGAUCAAGGCUGAAAGUGGAGCGGCUUUGGUGAGAGAGCCGCGCGGGCAUAAAAAGAGGUUAUGCAAAAAGUACGGGAUUUGUGGACAGCAGGGUUUUGGAGGGCACCAGGGGUACCAACAAGGGUACCACCAACAGGGGUACCAACAGGUGUAUCCGCCGGCGAUUAACAUUGGUAUUAGCCAGUCUCAAUCCUCAGCAAGCGCUGGAGGCGGUGGCUACAGCAACGGGUACUAUCCUAAUAAUUAUCAGUACAACGGGCAUCAACCGGGAUACGGCGGUUACCACGGAGGCUUCGGAGGUUUCGGAGGUCCUCAAGGUUUUGGAAAACCAGGCUUCAGUAACGGCCAAGGAGGAUUUAAUAACCAGUUUAACGGGAAUUACUACGGCCCAGGAGCCGGCAAUGGGUUCGGAUUCCCUGGACAAGGUGGAUACUACGAUGAGGUUCACGAUGAGGGAUCUCAUGAUGAAGGUCUGAGUCAACACGAGCAGAAUGACCAGGCGAUUUUCGGUGAUGAUCAUGGUCGACCAGACGGUCCUCAUGAACAUGGACAAUAUGGACAUGAUUAUGCUGUUUCCGGUUCAUAUGCUUUUGCUGGUCGCAAAAAUAAUUAA